AUGGAUUACAAGAAGCUCAACCAUAUCACUAUCAAGGAUAAUUUUCCCUUGCCCAAUAUGAAACAAACAAUCCAACGGUUGGGCGAAGGAUAUCGAUACUUCACGAAACUGGAUUUAAAGAGCGGAUUUUGGCAAAUCCCUAUCAGAGAAGAAGACAAGAUCAAAACGGCAUUCGUUACCCCAUUUGGGUUGUUUCAGUUCAAUGUAUUACCACAAGGAUUGAAGAACUCCCCUCCCACAUUCCAGCGUGUAAUGUCUACAGCAUUGGAAUCAUGUCGUCAAUUUUGCCAGGUGUAUUUGGAUGAUAUUGUGGUAUUUUCGAAAUCAUAUGAUCAACAUUUAGUACAUAUGAAAAAGGUAUUUGAAUGUUUAAAGGAAAAUAACUUACAAUUAAACCCAUCGAAAUGUUCAAUUGCUCAUUCAAACAUCGAUUAUCUUGGUUAUACCAUCACCGAAAAAACAAUUACACCGUUGAACGACAAAAUUAAUGCUAUCCUCAAAUUGAGUGAACCAAGAACAUUGAAACAGGCAAACAAAUUCAUUGGUGCGAUAGCUUGGUAUCUUAAGUUCAUCAAGAAAUUUGCCGAAGUGGCUGCACCAAUUCACGCAGUGACAAAUUUAACCAAAGCGAAUCGUCAGAAGUUCAGAUGGACGAAAGAUCAAUCAGCAGCAUUCUAUGAAUUAAAAAAAAUGUUAACAACAGCUCCACUGUUAUUAAAUUUUCCUGAUGAUAGUCGACCGAUAAUCCUAUCAACAGAUGCUUCAGAUUACGGAAUUGGCGGUGUUCUUCAACAAGAAAUCAAUGGCGAAACCCAUAAUUUGUACUAUCAUUCACAAUUGAUAAACAAGGCGGAGAAAAAUUACAAAACGAUUGAGAAAGAAGCUCUUGCGAUCUGGAAAUGCUUUGAAAGAAUGAGAUCGUAUAUCUUGGGGCGCAACAUUAUUAUAUAUACAGAUCACUGCCCAUUAUGUCACAUGAUGGAAAAGAAAGUCAACAAUAAAAGGGUGGAAAGGAUUGCUCUGCUUCUUCAGGAGUACAAUAUCGAACAAGUAAUACAUAUUAAAGGCCGUUACAAUAGUCUGCCAGAUUUCAUGUCACGACAUCCAAUUCCUGAAAAAGAAGAAAUAAUGGAUUUCGCUUAUGGUUUGGAAGUCAGCCAAGAUCGUCCUCCUGUACUCGGGAUGGUCGGUGUAACCACAAGAUCCAAAUCAAAGCUAGAGACAUCCACGAAUCAGCGAUCUAUUCCAGUAUAUCCGUCAACAUCAACCGUCAAGGAUGCACUCCAGAAAUUUGUCCCUCAUUUUGAUAUUACCAGACUGAAAGAAGAACAAGGCAAGGACCAAAAGAUUCGAGACAAAAUUGAAGAAGUUUGCGCUAAUCCGAUCAAACAUCCUUAUGUGUUUCAAGACGGUAUUCUCUAUAAGUUAGCAACUAGAAAUCGAGGAGCAACAAAAUCCAAAUUAAUCUAUUUACCAUCUUCGAUGAUAGCGCCAGCUCUUCGUGCAUAUCAUGAUCAUCCCACAGCGGGUCAUUUUUCUUCAAAACGUACGUACUACAAGAUGAAGUUUCAGUAUUGGUGGCCCGAUAUGUACCAUUCGACAGAGGAUUACAUUAAAGCCUGUCUUCCAUGUCAACAACACAAUCAUAAUCGGAAAAAACGACCGGGUCAUCUCAAACCAAUUCCACCACCUCAUGGGCCAUUUCAAGUUAUUGGUAUUGAUUUUUGCGGUCCAUUCUCAAGAACGCCAAACGAAAAUCGAUACGUUUUAUGCAUCACGGACCACUUCACAAGAUGGGUUAUCGCAGUGGCUCUCCCUGACUGUAAAGCUGAAAGAACCGCUGAAACGAUUUAUAACGAAUACAUAUGUAAAUAUGGUGUUCCUACAACGAUUUUGUCAGAUCAGGGUAAUCAUUUCAAGAACCAGCUGAUGGACGCGAUGGCUAUUUUGCUCGGACACCACCAUAUUUAUUCAACAACAUAUCAUCCACAGACAAACGGUAUGAUUGAAAGAUUUAAUGCCACCUUCGUCCCACAACUCGCCAAAUUGCAAGAUACAGAAUCCAAUAACUGGGAUUCAUUUCUACCUUCGAUGGUCUUCGCCUAUAAUACGGGACAGCAUAAUACUACAGGUUAUUCUCCAUUUCAAUUGCAAUAUGGACAGAAGCCAAAGUUACCGCCAGAUGAACCGCCAAAACAAGUGAUUUUCGCCAAACCCAAUGAUUAUUAUCAGCAAUUGAAGAAAAAUUUAAAAAUUUAUCAUGAAUAUGCUCGUCGAAAUAUGGUUCGCCAAAAGGAACGGUCAAAGCAACGUUAUGAUGCUAAACGUCCAGAUCCUCAUUAUUCAGUUGGCCAGUUAGUGUUAACCAGAUAUUACGGUUCAAAAUCCAAAUUUGACCAAAAAUACUCAAAAGUUCCAUGCAGAGUUAUUGAUUGUCAACAUCCUGUUUAUUGGGUUAAAGAUAUUGAAACUCAAGCAGAGUCACGGGUCCAUGUCAACGAUCUACGACUUGUACUUGAGGCAAAGCAACAUUAA